AUGUAGGUUUUAUGUUAAUAUGCUUUACCUUAAUUUUACAUAGUGACAAACAUUAUUUCUCUUGUUUAUCUUAUUAUUGGAAUUUCAAGGUAUAAUUAUUUCUAUAAAAUUAGUUUAACAUCUGACUGGCCAAGUUUAGUUAUAGAAAUCUUGCACUUUCUAGUAAGUCUAACACUAAUAAUAAUGAUUGCAGUUAAAAAACGAUAUCAAACAAGAAAACCUCAUUUUCUAGGGGUGGCAAGUUGUUUUUCUGCUUUAUCAAUUAUUUUGGCCAUAUAAAAGUUUGAUCAAUAUUAUCUUCUGUUGAUUUUAGUUCAAUAAUUAGCCUGCUGUUUACUUAUAUCGUUAUUAAUGUUAAACAAGAAGAGAAUAGGAGUUGGUGUAGUAUUAUAAAUAUAUUUAAUUGGAUUUUUGAUUGAUGUCUUCUCUAUUGAAAUUUGGUAUUAAUUAUCACUAUGAAUAUAGGGUAUUUUAGAACUAAUUCAGUUUGAGUAGAGCAAUUGCAAUUUUGGGAUCUGGAGGAAUUGGUUUAAUAACACUAAUCUUAAGUCUGUUAUGUCAUUUCAAUCCUAAAGGGAAACUUUAAAAUGAAUUACACAUCAUAAUAGGAUUUUAUAUUUUUUGUGAAUUAUUUAUAUGCUGUAAUAUUAUAGCUGAACUUGUUAAUGUAAUAAUUUAUACAAUAUUUAGGGUGUUUAAAGUAUAUAUUUGAUAGAUUUGAUGAUACUCAAAAUUUCAAAUGUAUUUUUGGAUGUACUCAUAUAUCCAUUUGUAAGAUUUCAUUAACCAAAUAUGGAGAAUAAAAUAUCAUCUGAACCAAUUGAUAAAUAAUUUGAAUGUUAAGGAAUUGCAACAAAAGAAAGUGAUUGUGAAUUAGAUAGUGCUUUAAAGAUUAGAUCUGAUAAACAAAAUGUUGUUGUGAAAGAAAAACAAUCUGAUACAAAUAAAUGGAUCUAAUCUCUCUUAGAACUUUAUUGA